AUGCACGUCAGAAACCAAACCUUAGUGAUGGAAUUUAUCCUCCGUGGGUUCCCUGUGUCCCUAGAACUGCAGAUCUCUCUCUUCAUGGUGGUUUUGCUCAUGUACAUACUCACCAUCGUCGGGAAUGUUCUCAUCAUUGUUAUUGUUAUCUGUGAGCCUCGUCUCCACACCCCCAUGUAUUUCUUCCUGGGGAACCUCUCCUUCUUUGAGAUCUGGUACAUCACCACGCUGGUGCCAAAGAUGCUGGCUAAUUUCUUGAACCAGACGAGGUCCAUCUCCCUCCCAUGCUGCUUGACACAAGCCUUUUUCCACUUCUUCCUGGGUGCUACCGAGUUUUUCCUGCUGGCUGCCAUGUUCUUUGACCGAUACUUGGCUGUCUGUGACCCCUUACAUUAUGGAGCUAUCAUGAGCCAUGGGCUAUGCCUCCGGCUAGCCCUGGGGUCAUGGUUGGGUGGCUUCUUGACUGUCUUCCUGCAGACCAUCCUGGUUUGCCAACUCCCCUUCUGUGGUCCAAACCUCAACCACUUCUACUGUGAUGUGGCCCUAUUGCUGAAGUUGGCUUGUGCCGACACCCGCUUCCUAGAGCAGAUAGUGUUUGCAGUGGCUGCCUUUGUUCUCUUGAGCUCCUUCUCCUUCACCACGAUAUCAUAUGUUUUCAUCAUAUCGGCCGUAUUGCGGAUCCCUUCCAACAGCGGGAGGCAGAGGGCAUUUUCCACGUGUGCCUCCCCUCUCACGGUGGUCUCUAUACUGUAUGGGACCGUCAUCUUCAUGUACGUGAGGCCAAAGGUGGGCUCCUCACUGGAGCUGAACAAGGUGGUUUCUGUGCUGAACACGGUCGUCACUCCCCUCCUGAACCCCUUUAUCUACACGCUGAGGAACAAGGAAGUCAAAGAGGCCUUGAAAAAAGCAGUGUGUACAAAAAAGUGUUUGAUGAAGAAUGAGAUGGAAAGCUGCUCAGCUGGUAUAAAUUAG